GAUGUUUCAAUCAAUCCAAGAACUGUGAAGAGUCCAACUGGAAAUGGGAAGUCUCUUUCAUCACCCCAAAUUUUAAAAAUCAAACAUUUCAAAAGUGAUUCAUCUCAAAUAACUAAAAAGGAAGCUAAACAAAAGCCCCAAGCUUCAGAAUUUUCACUCUUCCAAGGAAAACCCAAAUUGAGAAUUCUCGUCUUGGUUAUAACCUAAUAAAGCUUGCUUCUCAGCCCUUUCAUCUGGUCAAAUUAUAAACUAGUGCUGAGGAUUUAACAGCUAAACCUGUUGUUGAGUUCAAGUAAUAGGUGAAAUUGGUCCAGGAAGAUCAGCCGGUUUUCGCACUGGUGUGGAUUAUUGUUUCAGUUUGAAGCACAAACUUGACGACAACAUCUGGUGCCUUUCAUCUUUUCCUGGUUCAGCAUACAUCUGUGUAUAAAUGUACUAAGAAUAUCUUGAGCAUAAUGGGAGAUUAUCUGAUGUACAGUGUGAUUAGCUAAGAUUUAUCAUUCAUUAACAAGAAUCUGGCUGUCAUGCCCUGUGGGUCAUUGUUUCUGCUUGAGCCUUGAACUUGAUGUUGGCAUCUGGUGCGUUCCUUCUUUUCAUCGGUUUCAACUUACGUCUAAGAAGACCUUUAGCAUAAUGGGAGUUCCCUUACGAAGUGGUAAUGUAAUUAAACCAAGUGAGAUGACGAGGCUUACUAUAACAACUUUUGCUGGAGUUUUUUUGGGAUUCCUUAUAGGAGUAUCCUUUCCAACACUUUCAUUAACUAAGAUAAAUCUUCCAUCCAGCUUAUUCCCUUCCAUUGAUCUAACGUAUAUUGAGGACAAACAUUCUGGUCUUUCAACACGAAAACUAUUUAGUGCUUUGAGCUCUCUCAAGGAUGAUAAGGUUGUCAUGGUAGCAUCUAACAAAUCUGAGAAGACAAAGAUCUGGAUUCCAACAAAUCCACGGGGUGCUGAAAGACUUCCACCUGGUAUAAUCACAUCGGAGUCAGAUUUCUAUCUCCAUCGAUUAUGGGGUCAGCCAAGUGAGGACUUGACCAUCAAACCAAAGUAUCUCGUAACUUUUACCGUUGGUUAUAAUCAGAAAAGCAAUAUCGAUGCAGCUGUGAAAAAGUUUUCUGAGAACUUCACUAUUAUGUUGUUUCAUUACGAUGGCCUGACCACUGAAUGGGAUGAAUUCGAGUGGUCGAAGCGAGCUAUUCACGUGAGCGUUCAAAAGCAGACUAAAUGGUGGUAUGCAAAGCGGUUUUUGCACCCCGACAUUGUUGCGCCCUAUGACUACAUUUUUAUAUGGGAUGAGGAUCUUGGGGUUGAGAAUUUUGAUGCGGAGGAAUACAUAAAACUUGUCCGAAGACAUGGUUUAGAAAUAUCACAGCCUGGUUUAGAUGCAAAUAGCGCAUCAUUGACAUGGGCAAUGACAAGGAAGAGAGACAACACUGAAGUUCACAUGGAUACAGAGGAGAGACCUGGCUGGUGUUCUGAUCAACAUUUGCCUCCUUGCGCAUCAUUUGUCGAGAUCAUGGCUACCGUCUUCUCUCGGGAUGCAUGGCGAUGCGUUUGGCAUAUGAUUCAGAAUGACUUGGUUCAUGGAUGGGGUUUGGAUUUCGCUCUUCGGAAAUGCAUAGAGCCGUCUCAUGAGAAAAUAGGUGUUGUUGAUGCUCAGUGGAUUGUUCAUCAAGGUGUACCGUCUCUCGGGAACCAGGGGCAACCGGUGGGCGGAAAGGCAUCAUGGCAAGGGGUGAGGGAAAGGUGUAGGAAAGAAUGGACUAUGUUCCAAGAUCGGAUGACUGCUGCAGAGAAAGCAUAUUAUGAAGCAGUAGAAUCAAAUCCUUUUUAAUUGAACAUCUCAUUAGUUGAUGUUACUGGGAUUUUUCAUUUUCUUUAAAGCACUCGUAUCUUGUACAUAUGUUGGGCAGUUAAAAGAUCCAGUGCAUAUGUUGAACAGUGAUCACUUCUAAGUUGAUUUAAUCCACCAAAUUGAUUAUUUGAUUAA